AUGGCAAAGUGGCUCCUUGCACACAAAGCCAACACAGACGCUCUAGUUGCGGAAGAUGGAUUUAUGGUGGCUUUACGGUACGACGUGCAAGUAAGAACGAACACCUUUGCUCACCGAGUCCUCCUCACGGACGGCUCUCUCUCAGUCGCCGAAAUUUUGGUUUUCCGGCCAAAGAUCGCCCAUUCGUGUUAUGCAACCGCGCGUAAAUUCGGGGAGCUGGAAAACUGGAGUCCGCGCCAACUGGGACCCGACCACGGGGCAACCGAAGCAAGAAAAGAAGCCGCUGGUGACCAAGGCCAACACCCCUCAUACUGCAGCAGGACCAUCCUCCCUACCAGCUCGCCCGAAUGCAAUGAAAGGCCCAAGGACGCAUGGGUAUAA